AUGGACAACGGCAACAGACAACCACCGGGAGCACAUCAAGAAAACGAUACAUCUGCAAAAUCGAAAGGAAAGGCCAUAGAUAAUGGUGCUGGAAACUCUGACUCUAUCACCAGCCGACUUCAGGCUUCUGGCAGGCUUGCUCUCAAUGCUUUCGGAACGGGUCCAGAUAUAAGUGGCCAGCGGCCAGGCGAAAAAGCUAGCUCCAGUGGCGGCAGCAGCAACAUUGGGAGAAACUCAUCUAGUACGGGAGAAGCAUCAUCGCACAGGUUGCGCUCAACAACUCAGGGUGAAUCGCUACGCUCACAGACAAACUUGGAUUCUGGAGCAUCAUCACAAGCAUUUAACGCCUUCAUCAGUGCCGACUCUACGUUGGAGGUUGAGGAUGCCAGUCAAUAUGGAAAACUCCCAAACCAAAGUCACAAUAUACCAUCUACGCCAAGCGCUGUUCUGGAACAAGAGAAGAUGGAUGGCGCUGCUGUAGUCAACCUACUCGAUGGUCCAUCCGGGGAACUUGACGGUGUUUUGUUUGGAGCUCAUGGUCCAGAUGCCGAGGAUGAAGGCCUUACACCAGAAGCGGCAGCCAAGCUGAGAGAAGCCCUAUUCCCUGCAGAUCUGGUUCCCUCUGGCUUUCGCUGGGAUGAUUUACUCAACUUCAACCCCGAGUUUCUUGAUCAGUCGGGUCCUGAAGCAGAUUUCGAACGGCAGCUUCACUUUGGCACAACGAGUGCCGACGAAGCGAGAAAUAGUUACCUGGAUCAAUGGGACAAGGUGCUAAAUGGGUAUACAGAGUAUGUAUGGGGGGAUAUAGAACCUCUCAUAGCUGAAGCUCGAAGAGAAGUUGAAGAAUCCAAAACUCGAGGUCCUGAUGCCAUGCCUCAGACAAAGGCGCUGGAUCGGCUACGACAGAUUCUUGGCCACGUCCGAGGGUUUUGA